AUUUUGCCAUUUACAUAUCUAUAGAUAGAUCUACGCAGAACAACGCUUUGUCCCCUCAGUGCCUUCAAUCAAACUCGCGAGAAGGGAGGAUCGGGCACUUCGUCAGAUUGACAUACACCAUGAAAGAAACGAAAGAAGAUAACGAGACAGAAGAUAAUAAGCAAGCUUCUGCUGAUGUGCUGUUUCAUUAUUCAAGAUUUGCUCUGGCAUGUAUUGGAUGCAAGAUUCGACCAUUCAAUUUAAGACUUCAUCUGAUGAAGGAGAUAUCGGGUAUGCCUUCUUCUCUAAAUAGGGAAUCACCACAGAAUGCAGCAUCUCCUGAUCCAAUGGGUGAGUCAUCAAGCACAGGAACAGCAAGACUUGACAGAGGAGACAGUUUCCGUGCACUAUGACCAUGUUUUUGUUUGGGUUGUGUGGCAUCUGGUGUCUAGAUUAAAUCACUCUCUUCUCCCAUCCCAUAUAUUAUGAUUAUGAUGCUAUACUCAUCUAUGCAAUGGCUAUAGAUUAUCAAGUUCACUCAUUUCAACUUCAUGUUUGCUGUAGUAUGGUUUAAAUUUAGUUACUUUAGUCAGUAAUUGUCGUUUUAAGUGAUUCUACUUUAUUGUAGUUUGUAUCUUUGCACCAAAAUAUCUAUCAAUAAGUAGAUGCAUGUCUUCACUCCAUGUAA